GUGUCAGUCGUUGAGGCACAGCUGUACUAUUAUGUGUAUUUGUCUGUGUUUGACAUUUUUCCACCCGGUAUUCAGAAUGAUUUCGAUUUUUCAGUGAUCGCUAAGUAAAAUCAAGUUUUUGUUUUUGUGUGCAUUUACGGAUUUGCAAAGUGCAGAAUGGACGACAGAGAUUUGGAGACUGAGGAGCAGCUGCUCUCCAGGCCGUACCAAACGCAGCUGGAAGACAUAUCUGUUAGCAAGAACACCAUCAUACAUUUGCCUACAGGAUCAGGCAAAACAUUCAUAGCCAUCAACCUAAUCAAAAGAUUACGCAAUGACUUAAGAAAACCAUGGGGACAGGGAGGCAAACGGACCUUCUUCUUGGUCAACACAAUACCUUUGGUCAUGCAACAGAAAAAGGUGAUCGAGUCUCUGUGCCCUGUGGAGAGCGUAGCAGGAUACAGUGGCGAAGACGGAGUAGACUAUUGGAAAAAGGAAAAAUGGGACGAAGAACUGAAAAAACAUCAGCCUCAAUCCUUGAUCCCCGCGCUGCGUCUAUUUGUACGGGCGAGCUCGCGCCACAGACCCAUACAAUGUGAGGCCGCCCCGGCUGGCACCGGCGGCAGUCUUCCCUCGGUGCGUUGGCGUGAGCUCGAGAUAAAAAGUUUCGAGACGAUGAAGACGCUAAAAAAAGUUUCUAGAUCUCAAAAUGUUGAGCUCCAAGGUUUAACAGCUACUCUAUUGAACGCCAAUGUGGACAUGUGCAAAGUACCAAAAACGCUGCGGGAAUUAGAGACUACUUUCCACGCUAGCAUUGCUACAGUUAAUGAAAUGGGUGAAGUUUUGAAUUAUUCGACAAAUCCAAACGAAGUCAUAAUGUUCUAUAAACCCCCUGUGAAAACCGAAGCUGCUUCACAAGCUAUUCAAAUUUUGGACAAUUUGCAAAAUUUGGUGUUGGCAACCAAGUUGCCACAGGUAUCAGGACACCCUGAUAUAAAAUUGCAGAAAUGGCAACACGAUAUUUCUUGUGAUCCUAAAAAGAUGGUAAAAGAAGUAAGGAACAUGAUAGUGUCAAUGAUAAUGUUCAUCAAUGAGCUAGGGGUGUACGGAGGCUCGCUGGGCAUUUUGGCCUACAUCAUCUUAAUGGAAAGACUCAAACGAAAAUCAAUCACAGCUCAAGCGGAAAACCUUUUCAAAUUCGCAAUUACACAUUCUAUAGCAGCGAGAAUGAUUUUAAUAAAUUCAAUGGAAAAAGACAGUGGUUAUGAAAAAAUUAUCAAACAUUCGUCAGAAAAAUUUGUUCAAGUUUUGAAUGUUUUAAAAGAAUAUAGUCCUCAGGCGAUCAAUUCUCCUAAAGGAUUAUUAAAAGUGAACAUAGCAAGGAAACCAAUGUCUGCAAUCAUAUUUACAAAACAAAGGUUUACCGCUAAAGUUCUAUAUAACCUCCUUAAAGAUGUAAAGGAGGCUAAUCCGGAAGAAUUUGGGUUUUUAAAACACGAUUUCAUUGUCGGCUUCAACAUUAACCCAACUAAAUGUACGAGGGAACAGCAUUAUACCAAAAAAGCGAGCCAAACCGCUCUUCUUAAGUUCAGUAAAAAGGAACUGAAUUGCAUAAUAUCAACAAGUGUCAUAGAGGAAGGUGUUGAUAUAACACAGUGCCUGCUUGUCCUUCGAUACGACUGCCCAGAGGAAUACAGAUCGUAUAUCCAAAGCAAAGGUCGAGCAAGGAGUUCGGAGUCCAGCUACGUGAUACUAGUGGAACAAUCCAACUUUCAUAAAUUUAGCAAACAGUACGAAGGAUUCCAGAAAAUAGAAAGUUAUAUCCAGAAGAUUUUGGUGGGAUGUUCAGACGACCGCGAAGCUCCAACUGAAGAGGAGAUUCAAGACAUGUAUGACACCGAAGAUAUUCCGCCCUAUAUCACUUCUAAUGGCAACCGUCUAGCAGCCGUGUCAGCUAUAAGUCUUCUUAACCGUUACUGUAUGGCACUGCCCCAUGACCAGUUCACUGUGAUUACACCUUUAUGGGUGGAGGAAAAAGUCAGGGAUAACACAGGAGAACAAUUUCGUGUUGUGAAGAUUUUUAUGCCUAUCGCGUGCCCUAUUAAGGAUGUCAUUGAGGGCAAACCGAUGACAAAUUUGAAAUCAGCGAAACGCUCAGCAGCUUUAAAUGCCUGCAUCCAGUUGCACCACGUAGGAGAAUUGGAUCCCAUAACGUUAUUGCCUCGGCAUUAUGGAGAGGUAGACUUUGAACAACCCGACGUACGGGCCUGUUUUCCGAAUUGGCCCUGGGAUGAAGAUGAAGAUGAGGGUUUGAAGGAUAUACGGAAAACUGGCACCAAAAAGAGAGUUCGCAAACACGUUAAAGUUUUUCCAUCUUAUUUGCAAGGCCCUAAAAAUAUUGAUUCAAAAACCACAUUUUACCUCCAUAUAAUAAAAAUGGAAAUAAUGUUUGCGGAACCAUCAGAUUCCCGAGAGAAAGCGCUGUACAAUUUCUUAAAAAUGCACGAAGGUUUUGGGCUUUUGACACCCAACGCUUUGCCAAAAUUAUGCGAUUUUCCGCUAUUUUUGACCGUGGGCGAAGUAAAAACCUCUUUGGAAGUGAAUUAUGCCGUUUUACCUAUGAAUUCGAGCAUCUUUAAUUUGAUCAAACGAUUCCAUUACUUCAUAUUCGACGAAGUGUUGGAUGUGGCGAAGAAAUUCACUGUAUUCGAUGGCACAGCUAACGCAAUGUACGUUGUGCCUGUCAAAUCAGACGAUGACGGCUUCGACGUCGAUUGGGAAUGUUUGCAAACAUCUUAUUCAAUACCACUACUCACGGAGCCUACUUUUGACGAAAGGCGAAAACUAAAAGUCUCCCCGGAAGCAUAUAUGUAUCACGUUGUCAGCCCGUGGUACCGUGGUACUAUCUGCCCACCCAGAUAUAUAGUCUCGAGAGUAUUAGAAUACAAGACUCCGAAUUCAGAGUUCGAUUCAGAAUCGGACAUGAGUGGUACAUACUCCGAAUACUAUUCCGCCAAAUACAACUUGGAGGUCGUGGGGGACAAAAAUCAGCCUUUAUUGGAGGUCCGGAACAUAACGACACGAAUGAACUGUCUCCUACCACGAGCUGCCACACUAAACGCAUUUACAGAGAAACAGAAACGACAAAUUGCACUCGCCGAAGAGGACGACAAGAUAAAAGCUUUCCCGGAAAUCUUCAUUCCGGAAUUUUGUGUCAAAUAUGACUUCCCCGGAGUAUUGUGGUACAAGGCAAUGAUUCUGCCGUGUAUUAUACACAGAGUAACAAUGCUGUUGGUGGCUCACGAACUUCGUGCAGAAAUAGCACGAAGCACCAAAAUAGGUCAACCAGUUCUGUUAGCAGGACAUGAGUGGCUUCCAAUUGAAGUAGACUACUCCAGCACCGUGAAAUCUAUGCUGCAGCAAAUCGAGCCCCAAAAUCUUAACAACGCAGUCGACAGGAUUAACAACCCGAUAGACGACUCACUUCCUCGUCCACUGAACAUCGUCUCGAUGACGGAAAGUCUGUACCAACUGCAGCUAAAGAAGAUCAGUGAAGAAUACCCUUGGGACGAAAAUUCUGAACCGAUAGACAUAGAUCGUAACAUUACAACCGUGACUGUGAUGGACAUUGAGUGUUACGACGAGUUCAUGUCCACGCCUAUGGUGAUCUCUGACCCGACAUUGCGCUCUCCUCCGCGGGCAGAUCCCCCGCCUUCUACUGCAAUAUUGCCAUCGCCUAUUAAAUUAGUGAGCAAAAUAGCGAUCCUAUCAAAGCAACCAUCGCACCGCGGUCCAGAACUACGAGAUAUAGUAAAAGCUCUCACCGCCAUCAAUUCACACGAUACCUUCAAUUUGGAACGUGUGGAAACCCUCGGAGAUUCAUUCUUGAAGUUUGCAGCGAGUCUCUAUUUGUACCAUAAAUUCGGGAUGCUGAAUGAGGGACAGCUGACUAACAUCAAGAGCCGACUUAUAGGCAACAGAAAUCUCUACUAUGCGGGUGCGAAAGCACGUUUAGGUGGACGUAUGAAGGUGGAACAGUUCAGUCCCAAAAAAGAUUUUCUCGUACCUGCCUUCUUCGCACCAAAGGAAGUACAGAAAUUCAUUGAACAAAAGAAGAUUCGUCCAACAUUCCUCAUUCCGAUCGAGUUUCCUAUAGAUGAAGUUUUAAAUGGACAAAUCUCAAGUAAAAGCAUGAAACCGGUUCACGAACGAUAUCAGGAAGAAAAUGGUACUGCGGAAGUUGAACCUAUUGGCGGUGCACAAAUCUCUAUGCAGUGUUAUGUGCGAGCUCAAGCUGUGUCCGACAAGUCCGUUGCUGACUGCGUGGAAGCGCUCGUGGGUACAUAUCUCCUGAGCGACGGCAUUAAAGCCGCUGUCAAGGUGCUAGAAUGGUUCAAAAUUUUACCUCCUGAGGACAACUUUACCCGUCUCCUCAAUUUGCGCGUUCCGACGGUGAUGACGGAAAAGAAAGUUUCUGCGGACGAAAUCAAUCGCAUCAUGAACUAUUACUGCGAAGAUAUCGAGAGGAUCAUGGGCUACAAGUUCAAGGAUCCAUCUUAUAUGUUGGAAGCGAUAUCCCACUCUUCGUACAUUCGCAACCGUAUCACACGCUCGUAUGAGCGAUUGGAAUUCUUAGGCGACGCCAUUUUGGAUUUCCUAAUCACCACUCACAUAUUUGAGUCUAGCGGUGACUUGAAUCCAGGUGAACUGACCAACUUAAGAUCAGCUUUGGUGAAUAAUGUCACUUUUGCUUCGUAUGUCGUCAAGUUGGGAUUGCACAAAUACUUCUGCUACCAAUUAAACCCAUCUCUUGAGAAGGCAAUAAUCGCCUUUGUCGAGCACCAAGAACGCAGAAACCAUAACAUCAUCGAAGAGGUAUUAUAUCUCAUUGACGAGGAAGACUGCCAGAUCUCUGAAUACGUCGAAGUGCCCAAGAUUCUAAGCGACAUAUUCGAGUCACUUGCCGGCGCGAUAUUCCUGGACAGCGGUGGUGACCUCCAAACCGUGUGGUCCGUAUUUUACCGCAUCAUGUGUCAGGAGAUCUAUACUUUCUCACGGCGCAUACCGCUACAGCCUGUGAAGGUGUUAUACGAAAAGAUCCACGCCUGUCCAGUAUUUCACAAAGCGGAAGUUGUACCGAACUUAGAGGUCCCCAAAGUUAUGGUACCUGUGACCAUUACAAAAAACGGCCUACAACACACCGUCCAUGGUUUCGGAGGUAACAAGUUCCAGGCAAAGCGCGCUGCGGCUAAACUAGCGUUGAAAGUGUUAGCCAUGUAAAAUUUCUUUAUCUUCUGUCAUUGACUUACAAAUAAAUGGACGACGGGUCUAAUACAAAAACCACGAAAAAAAUGUCCCAAGUCAACCUAUUUAAACGUAGUGACAUGUAAAGGAAUAUGAAAAAGCUAAAACG